CCCCAGCGAUCCAGGGAAGCUCCGACUCCCACCCGCCCCUGAGACGGCUCCGCUCUGGGAAUAUGGCCGGAACCAGCCCCAGCUUCAAUAAGGACGCGACAUCACGGUGGCGAGGAGGAAGUGUCCCCUGGCCGCUGACUGAGGGGAGCAUGGGGCUGGUCACUCCAUCCCCACAGGGGACACCAUCAUGGAUGGGGCACAGGGUGGGCAGCACCAGUGUGGGGUCCGCACCCUUUGUCAACAGGCCCGGGGUGCCGGGGCCAUUCUCCGGCCAAACCACCAUCGUGGCCCACACUGACGUGGGCUCCGGACAGAAGCCACGGCCCGGCCGUCCGAGGAGGGGCUUCGCCUACAUCACCAUCACGGCCAGGAGGGUGGGAUCCCAUGCCUCUGACCCGGCCCAGACCCCCCAGGGAGCUGCCGGAGACCCUCUCCACAUGAUGUUUGUCAGGGGCGAGCAGCUGGGGAAAGCCCCCACCCACCCCACUGGACACGUCCACCUCACUGGCCCAGCCCACCUCACCAGCCAUGGACAAGGCCAUGGACACCUCUCCAGCGACGUCCACCACACGCACGCCCACCAAGCCGGCCACAAACACAUUACCGGCCCUCCCCGCCUCACUGGCUAUGCCCAUCUCUCAGGCCCCACGGAGCACAUCCACUCCACCCACACUUCCAGCCCUGUCCAUUCCCCGUCUGGGCCCCUGAGCAGACAAGGACAAUCAUUCCAUCAGGGAGAUUCGGGAAGCGUCGGACCAUCGACCCCUUGCUUGCAGAUGCGGGCAGGUGGGGGUCUAGCCCACGGGACCGUAAUCCGAAAGGCAGGGAUCAGGAUGGACCCCUCAACGAGCCCCCUCCCCUGCGUCCCUCCCCGUCUCUUCACCUCCUGUCUCUUCCUGCGAGUUUCCUGGCCUCGUCCCUGCUCGGUCUCCCUUUCGGCCGGUCCGCUCCCCACCCCUGCCGCUGCCACAUGGCCUCCAGGCCCCAGGCCCCGGACACUGCGGUCUGCCACCACUCUGGUUCCCGAGGAAGACCCCCCGAGAAAAGACCCCGGAGGCAUCGACAACCAGUCUCAGGUCGGGCCAGCUGGGGAGGAGGCCCUGACGGGCAGCACAGGAGGAGACGGGCCCGGGCCCCAAGCGGUCUGGGGUGGCCGGUGGGUCCGGCCAAGUGACAGGCCACCAUCGCAACACGGAAGGGGAUUGUUGGACAGUGACAAUUCGCAGGGGAGGACACAGUCCCCGGGAGCCAGGCUGGGCCCCUACCAAUCGGCGAGCAGAGUCAGCGUGGUGCCGGUGAGGGUGGGAAAAGAAGACGAAGCCUCGAAUGACCGGAAACACGUGGCGACUGCCGCCUUCACCGACUGGAGCCGCUCGGCGGGUGUCUCUGAGCGCCGUGAUUUCACCGCGAUGCGAAAGAGAAGGGAGAAAACCGACAGAUCAGAGACGCUCUUCAAACCCUUGACCGUCUCAGUGGCCGCCGUCCGGAGCCGGGAUGCUUCCCAAGGGCCGGGCACCGGAUCUGGGUCAGAGGAGCCCCCUCCCAGUCCCCUGACCCUAAGGGAAGCAUUGCAAGUGCACCGACCUCAGUUCAUCUCUCGCUCCCGGGAGCGUCUGGAGAAGCUGCAGCAUAUGGUCCAACAGAGGAAAGCCCAGCACCGUGGCGGAAAUGCAGGGACCCAACUGGCCGCCCCCGCCUCCACCCCCGCCCCUAAGAUGAGCAGGAAGAAGCAAUUCACGGUCCCUCACCCACUCAGCGACAACCUGUUCAAGCCCAAGGAAAGGUUCAUUUCGGAGAAGGAGAUGCACAUGAGAUCUAAAAGGAUCUACGACAACUUGCCCGAGGUGAGAAAGAAAAAAGAAGAGCAAAUGAAAAGAGUCAUUUUACAGACCAACCAACUCCGAGCUAAAGUCUUCAAAAAGCAACUGCUGGACCAACUCCUCCACAGAAACACAGACUAGCAAGGCUGAAGCUCCGGCCCACUCCCCUUCCCUGCACCCAGAAUGACUUUGGACUCUGGCUAAGCCACACACUCCAGCACCUCCGGUCCGAGCCGGGAAGCAUGAGGUCCGCCCUCCUCCCUCCGCAGCCUGUGGGAAAAGGAACACCAGUCCGAGAGCCAUCCCCAAGCCUGGACAUUCACAGCCACAUGACGGACUAAUUGAAGGAAUUUCGUGGCAGGGUGGCUUCCAUCCCACCCAUUUCUACCGCUGAGGCCCAGGCGGGGAAGGCUGUCAGAAAUGCAGCGAGCUCAUCCUUCCAAGGUUUCCUCCCGACCGCUUCCCGGAGGAAAAACCCACAAGAAAAUCAGGCUCAGCGAUCCUUAAGGAUGUAGCCGUUGGAGUCCAGCUGAUGUGAUGUGAAGUGAGCGGGGAGGAGGCCCAAGGCAACCAACUCGGGGGUCUACGGGCUGCCCCCAUCAUCAACGUGGCGGGCCGACGGAGCGAAGGAGAAUUCCAGGCAGAGACACCCGCCGUCACGCCCCUCCGACAGCCAGCCGCACCAUUUUCCUCUCCGGCCUCGCUCCUCACUGCUUCCUGCCCCUUGGCCGGGGUUUGACAGAUGCAGCUUCCAUAGGGGAUGGCAAAUUUGGAAAGAGAAACCUGCAGACAGAAAUAGCUGGAACAAGGGCCAAGUCGCUCCGGAGUUUCUUCGAAAACCUGCAAAAUGACAGUAACUGUGCUCUAUCUACCCACCUUGGGUUGCUUCCCAUGUCUGUUGGAAAGUUUAAAAGUAACUAGUUUUUUCUCCAAAAAGAGGAAAUAAACGUCAU